CAUGAUAUCUACCAUCACUUCCCAGUGUGUGAUCUGGCCUCUCCCUGCUCUCUGCUUGUCAUUCAUGCAGACACAGUGGAGUGUCUCGGUGCUAUCGGAGGAGGAGGAGGGGUUCUCCUCUCCAGUCUCUCACCUCACGCUGGGAGCUUUUCUCUCUCAUGCUCCAGCCUCCCAGUAACCAGCCUGGGAUUGCUGCAUGACUGGCAGCGGCACAGGGAGAAGCAGCCGGUCAGACACAGCGUGUUUCUGGGGGAGAGGAGAGGCAACGGUCGAGCUUCCUCGGUUCUGCAGGACUGUGUUGUUCCCCGGAAUGGACGUUUCGCAGGCCGGUGUUGUUUUCGGGUGCAGCGGGUAUCAGAGAGCAGCAUCCAGCCGCCAGCCCCUCACCGCUACCGGAUCUCACAGGCUGAUCUGUGCCAUGCAUCCGCAGUGAGGGAUGAUGGAGCCUCCAGCCUGGGCUCAGCAUGUCCCCGAGUUAUUAUCCACAUGAUUUUUGCAUGUGUUUAUAUUCGUUUCCUGCAGAUUAUCAGUGAUCUGUAGUAUUUUCUUUUGUGUGCAAAGCAUCAUCCCCACCACAGUGGCGGGGAUGCCUCUCCAGUGAUGGCUUCUGUCAUCCAGCCUCCCUCCUCGAAAAACAUCUGGAUCUCGGGCUGAGCCGUCAUGGACAGCGGGAGCCGACCUGCGACGGUCGGGGACGGUGCAGCCAAUUUCACAGCAUCGAACUUGUGGCUGGAUCUGCUGAACGCGUCUGGCCGGUGGGACGGCGGAAGCAUCCCGGCCGCCGAGCCCCAGGGCGGCGGGCUGGACGAGCAGCAGCAGCGGCUCAUCCGGGAGCAGAGCUACCGGGACUUCACCACCGCCAUCCAGGUGUUCAUCCUCCUGGGUUCGCUGCUCGGAAACGCCACCGUGUUGUGGUGCACCAGCUGCACGAGCGUCUUCAAAUCCGUGACCAAUCGCUUCAUCAAGAACCUGGCAUGCUCCGGUAUCUGUGCCGGCCUGGUGUGCGUCCCCUUCGACGUGGCCCUGGGAGCCAGCCCCCGCUGCUGCUGGUGGCUUCACACGCUGCUGCUCUGCAAGGCCGUCAAGUUCCUCCACAGACUCUUCUGCUCGGCCACCGUGCUCAGCUUCAGCGCCAUCGCACUCGACAGAUACUACUCUGUGCUGUACCCGUUGGAGAGGAAGAUCUCCGACGCGAGGUCCAGAGAUCUGGUCAUCUACAUCUGGGUCCACGCGGUGGUGGCCAGCCUGCCGGUGUUUGCAGUGACCAACGUGACGGAUGUGUACGUCACCUCCUCCUGCUCAGAGGACCACGCCCGCUCGCUGGGCCACAUGGUGUAUGUGUUGAUCUACAACGUCACCACAGUGAUCCUCCCGCUCGCCCUGGUCUUCGUCUUCAUGCUGCUGAUCCGCCGAGCGCUCAGUGCUAGCCAGAAGAAGAAGGUGAUCAUCGCGGCUCUGCGGACGCCACAGAACAGCAUCUCCAUCCCGUACGUGUCCCAGCGAGAGUCCGAGCUACACGCCACCUUGCUGGCUGUGGUGCUAGCCUUCUCCGCCUGCAGCGCCCCCUAUGGGGCCUUGGUGGUUUAUCGCACCAUUCUGGCCGACACCAAGGAGCUGCCCAUCUCACUGUAUCUCACGGCCCUGUGGCUCCCCAAGGUGUCUCUGCUCACCAACCCCCUCUUGUUCCUGACUGUGAACCGCUCCGCGCGUCAGAGCUGGAUGGAGCUGCUGGCCAGGAUUCACAGACGUUACAGCCGCAGGAACGUGGUCAGCACCGGGGGUCUGGCCUCUUUAUCGGCGGAGGGCGUGAUCGGAGAGCCUGUGGGACUUGAUGCAGCCGGCCGCUCUGGGAGCCAACUUCUGGAGAUGUUCAACAUUGGCCAGCAGCAGAUCUACAGACCCUCUGAGGAAGAGGAGGAUGUAGGGAAUGAGAUUCCUUCUCAAGGAUCAGGAAACUGCUGUGGGCCACAAGAGGACCUCAACAGCCGGGCGAGACUAGGGAGCCUCAGAGGGGAGGGGACCACCAAAAAGGACCCUAUGCUGGGCACAGUGGGAGGACUGGUCAUCACCAAAGAGGGAUCUCCUGCAAUCAUAGCCCCACGGAGCUCUCCGGUCCACACGUGUGCUUACGCCUCUUCAUCGCAGGUGGCGCCAGCGACGCCAACAGAAGCUGAGGACUCUUCCCAGUUUGGCUUCGGACCGUUUGAGCUGCCUCCUCAGUGGUUACCUGAGACCAGGAACAGUAAGAAGAGGCUGCUGCCUCCACUGGGCAACACGCCCGAGGAGCUGAUCCAGACCAAGCUGCCCAGACCUCGGCCUGAGCGCAGAAUCAGCAGAAACAAUAAGGUCAGCACCAUCUCCACUGUGGACCAGUGAAGAAGCCCUGCUGGGUGAGAAGCUUGCGUUCAUUUGGGCAACUUCAACCUUCUAGACUGGUUUCCAUUUUAUUCUCCAAUGCAGACAUUUUGGUUUUCCACUUCACUGCCCAGAACUUUCGACGCCCGAGGCAACGCAGUUUUCUUUUUGGACAGAAAUCAAUUUGACAUAAAACAUUUACAACGCAGACUUCCCGAGCCCCCGGGCCGAGCCGGCUCCAUAAUGAAGGACCUCGACAAUGAUGACAUGAUUGAGAGCAGAUAUUGUUUUUCAAUCUCCCUCUUUUGAUUAGAGCUGGCAUCAGUGGUUCAAUGAAGAUUUUGUAAAAUAGGUACAUGCCGUGAUUGCACUCUGUAAAAAAAACAAGAAAAAAAGAUUAUCUUCAGUAUUUGGGAUUGACUUUUAUUCUGAAAUCUCACUUUUGGAAUAUUUGCAUUAUCUUUUGAAUGUGGUAGACGUCACUGUUGUCAUUUGUAUUUUAAAUGUAAGUGGAUUUGAUAAAACAAUGCAGAUGUACAGUAUGCAAAUACACAUUAUAAAGAAUGUUCCGAGUUGA